CAUGACUUGAAUCAAACCGAAUCCGGCCCGAUUAGGCUUUACGUUAGUUGCACAAAAAAUGCUCUCUUUCGGCCUUUCCCUGAGUUUCGAGCAUUCAAAACGGCAGAGUCCACAAGCCAUCGAAGCUCCCGUCGGCCGGAACUUUGUGCUUGCUGCUGACGACGAGCGGCGGCCGUAAUUGUGCAGCUGGGCAGGAGCAGGUUGAUUGGUUUGCUCGUCGUCGUCGUUUACCAAGGGGAUUUGGGCAAAAAGGAGAUGAGUACUGCUGAGGAGAAAGCGACGACGGCGCCUAAAACUCCUUCCGAUUUCCUGAAAUCCAUUCGGGGACGUCCCGUUGUGGUUAAGCUCAAUUCCGGAGUUGAUUAUAGAGGUAUCCUAGCCUGCUUGGAUGGAUAUAUGAACAUAGCAAUGGAGCAGACCGAGGAAUAUGUUCAUGGGCAACUCAAGAACAAAUAUGGCGAUGCUUUCAUUCGAGGGAACAACGUUCUCUACAUCAGCACGACGAAGAGGACGCUUGCUGAUGGUGCUUAGCCCGCUACGUACGACUGUGCUGCAGCAAGUGCAGAUGAAAAGGCUGCUUUUCUGUGCCGAGCUAAUCCUCAACCGCAGUCCUUUCUUUCAUUAUGUGUUUGGGGAUGUUUAUUCAAGGAAACAGAAGAAAACUUUAAAACCCAAGUAGUGUUUGUUUUAAAUACAAUAAUGUCCUGAUUCCAAAAAUUUCCAGAUAUGUGAAGAGCUUGGACCUCGACUUCUCUAGUUCCAGAAGACAAAAGAAACCCCCUCUGUCGAGUAAUAUGAUCGAAUCGAGUUUUGGAUUGAGUUGGCCUGAAUCGACAACUACUCUUAUUCGGCAUUAGGAGUUCGGAUCUGGCUGAAUUGGAUCUAUUGUCGAAUGAAGAACUCGACUGAACCGGAUUGUUUGUGCAUUUCGAUACGAUUCUCAUA